GUAAUCCCCAGCCUGAUGGGCCUCUUGGCUCACAUGCAGACUUAACCUUUACCUAUGUGACUGUUGAUCCCACUUUGUGGGUGUGAGUGUGGACCGUGUACUAUUGUAGUGUAGCGGGAUAUGAUGAGAAGUACUAAUUAGUGGUUAGGUAUUCUAAAGUUUAGCCUGGAGGUCCUAUUAGGAGUUUUCAGGAUAUGGGAUAUUCAGAUGAUAAAUUAACAAAAUACAGGAUAUUUUGGGGGAAAUGAAUGGGAUAUGGGAUAUAGAACAGAUAUCCCAGGAUAUCUAACAGGAAAAUUGUUUAAUUUUUGAAACUGGAAUUAAUGGGAUACAGGAUGUUAAGGCCCAAUGAGGCCUCAUCCUGGAGUUCAGCUGUCCGUAGUGUUUAAAGUGCUAAUGUCUAACGUCUUUUAUGAAAAGGUGAUUCCAGGAUGUCAGAAUCUCACAGGAUACUGGGCUCCAGGUCAUGGAAUACUUGUACACACAUCAGAUGGCAGACCAAGAACUUCCCAGAGUUCCACACAUUACAGGUAUCCUGUCUUACAUGAAGUCCGUUGGGGAGCUGACUUUCAAAGUGUUAUAACUCGCAAGCUGAUUAAUGAGACCCAUGCUAUCUUUAUGGAUCUUCAACAUGUUCCUGACGGUGGGGGUACAGGAAGAAAAGCUAGCCUGAUAAAGUUCAGCAGGAGAUAUCGAAGUGUGGUGAGAGCUUGUAUCCUUGACCUUGAGGAGAAGUCUGCCUUUAGGGAGUCUUCAACUGGUGCAAGAUAUCCACACUCAACAUAUAACUUUGCCUACUUUGACUUAUUCACAGGAACUUCCCAGAGUUCCACACAUUACAGGUAUCCUGUCUUACAUGAAGUCCGUUGGGGAGCUGACUUUCAAAGCGUUAUAACUCGCAAGCUGAUUAAUGAGACCCAUGCUAUCUUUAUGGAUCUUCAACAUGUUCCUGAUGCUGGGGGUACAGGAAGAAAAGCUAGCCUGAUAAAGUUCAGCAGGAGAUAUCGAAGUGUGGUGAGAGCUUGUAUCCUUGACCUUGAGGAGAAGUCUGCCUUUAGGGAGUCUUCAACUGGUGCAAGAUAUCCACACUCAACAGUUUCACAGAGGCAGCUAUUGACACUGAUUGAAGCUGUUUGGCACCUGUGUGAGAUACUGUUCAUUGAAACUUUACCAGGUACUAUAAGUAUUGUGAAAUGUUAUAUUGUAAUAAUAAAGUGUAUUAUCGUUUGUCUCACGAUGUAGUCACUUGGAUGUAGAUCNCAGCAUCCUGACAGACAUCCUGGAGAAUAUGAUGAGUUUGCUAGCAUGGAUGAACUUCUUCGUAAAAUGCCCAUGUACCAGUUGUACAUGGGACAAAGCUUGGCAGAAUUCAGCAUGAAAUGGAGUCACUGGCAACAAGAGUGUAAACAUCGUCUAGAUAAUGAAACAUUUGCAGGGCAUCCACCGCUACACACAAUAUGUAAGAUACUCUGUGGGGAAGAAGAGGUGUUUGAUGAAGUGAUAGAGUAUUGCAAGACAUGGUAUCAUUUGCUUGUAGCUAAACUGCUGUACUGUAAUCCAGCCAUCAAGUCUUUUGAUUUACAGUACCAUACUCAGAUAUGUGUAUUGUUUGUUGAUAGUGAGGCUCUUGGAAACUGGUGGUUUGUCGCACAUCUGACUGACUUGUUACAUCAUUGUGGACAACUGGACUCACAUCACAUCAGUCACAGCGUCAGCUUGAGAGAGUUCCUUAUAUUGGAAUAUGCCGCUAGUCUCAUGUCGCAUCACAGCUUUAAGUGGUUCUGCGACAGUCGUAGUAGAAAACAACUCUCUGGGUUUCAAUUUCCAGAGCCUAUUCCCAAGAAACGGUCGUUCAGUUUGUUCUUAGCAUUUGCAGGUUCUGUUGUACUGUUAUUUGGAUGGUAUUCGCUGCAGUUGGAUAAUAAACAGAUUAAUAGAAUUGAAAAUAUAAGUAUGAGUAACUGCGUAGCAGCCAAAGUAAAAAAGCUUUCGAGUUUACUGCUUCGGACAAACUCGAGAGAGACCUUUCUUUUGAUCUGUCGCUGGGUCCUUUUCAAUCCUUUUCAAUUUAAACUUCUAAGAUCUGUUCUGAUUAUUGAGUAUUCAAAUGUUUUGUGUUUUAGAGCACACCUCGAAGAGUACAUUGAACAUCUUCCCCUGGAAACAGACAAGAAGGCUAUGAAGGUUCUCAGACUGUGUGAAGACUUGGAGAUGCUUGCACAAGCUCAAUCUAUUUGUAAAACUUUGAGUAUGAAGGCGAUGAGGAGCGGUAGACUGGGCGCUGCCUUGGCUUGGUGCCUCAGAUCAAAGGUAAGGUCUUUCAUCCUUUUCUUACGCAACAGGUUUUUAUCAGAAUAUUGCAAAAGCGGCGGCUUCUCAAACCUCGAUUUGAUUGACAAUCUUGGAUCCGCAAUGCUUCUCAGCGAUCGACUCACGUUUCUUGGAAAGUACCGGGAAUUUCAUAAAAUGUACGAGGAGGGUAAGCUCCAAGAGGCUGGACAUUUGCUGAUUUCUUUGCUGACUUCAAAACUUGCUCCACAAAGGUUGUGGUUGACGCUUUUAACGGACACUUUGCCUCUGUUGGAACAUAAAGAGGUCAUCUUUUCCAGCUCACAGACAUAUGAAUUAAUGCACUGUUUAGAGGAAAUAAGGCUCUCAUUCAGAACCAAGGAGUACCUGGAACAUCCUGACCGGGCGCCCGCCGAGGAGCCUUUAUUGAGGACCUUGAGUCAGGGCCCUGGACUGAAGUCAGCUAAAAGCACAAAGGUGAUUAUUUCCCUUUUUCAUGACCCUGUAUGUUUUUGCUCAUGGAUUGCCCUGCCUGUCUGUAGUCGUGACUUGCUAACAGUCAUGUCUCAUUCUCACUCUUACCAUCACAAAUAACGCGAAUAGUUAUGAUUUUAACGAGUUUUUCCAGUCUCUUCUUUCGCUCUGCGAAAGAAAUGUUGCUUUUGUUCAUGCCGGCUCCCGGUGCGAAAAUUUCUACGCCGGCUCGGGUUUGGUUUGACGUUGUGCUACCUGGCAAGUUCGCUGACACAAUUUUGGUGGGCUCAGUAUGCUCUACACCUGUUUUUGUUUGUGUCUUUUUGGGGGGGAGGGGGUGGUGCUGUGGGUGGCGUCGAAGUGGCGAUCCAUGACAAUCCUUAGUUCGACAUCUGAAUUCUCCUUACUGACUGCCACAGUGUUCUUUACAUGUCACUUCUGAGAAAUUGAUGAUUCAUCAAGGCAAUUUCUUCCAGUUGACUGAUGAUUCUCUUUUUUCGUAUCGCCCAUCUGCUUCAGUGAAAAGUGUCGAUCGUAAUGUUCUUUGGCGCUGGAUGUAUUGCGCAAAGAGACAAAACGUGACAGACAAUUGAGCUUCGAUUGUCUGUCACUUUUCGGAAAUUUGGCAUUUUCAAUCGGUUUUCGUUCGACGAAAAAAACGGAUUGCUCGAGUCCUGCUAGUUUUCAGUUGUUGAUUGAGAUUAUUUGUUUCAUCUGACCAGUUCUCCAACCUGUCAAUACCUG